AUGCAACUCAAUUUCAUGCCAAAAUGUGGCUGGUUGAUGCAACCAGAUCGUGAAAGUGAUAGUGAGGCUGAAGUUGAGCAUGCUGAAAAGCUCCGUCAAGUUAAAGCUGUCCUGGAAGAGGUAUCAGCUAGGGCACAGGAUGAGCUUGGUCUAGGACUAUUUCUUGGCUCUCAUUCAAUUGAUUCCUUCUAA